AUGCUCGCCAUCACUACCAUCAUCGCCGCUCUGGCUCUUGCCGCCAACCAGGCUUUCGCCGCGCCGACUGAGAUCUCUCAGCUAGUCGCGCGCCAGGGCUACGUCGCAAACUGCAAUAAAACCUACUCCGUAGUCUCGGGAGAUACUUGCAACGCCAUCAUCGGCAAGCUAGGCAACACCUUCACGCUCGAGCAAUUCUACUCCUGGAACCCCCAAGUCGCCAGCGACUGCCACAAUCUCUACCCGGGCGAAACCGUGUGCGUCGGCCUCGCCCCCGCACAGCCCGCGUGUCCGGCGCCGACGCAGCCCGGUCUCGUGAGUAACUGCGUCGCGUGCUACAAGGUCGUCGAGGGAGACUACUGCUACGCUAUUGCUCAGGCGAAGGGCAUCACCGUGGCGAAUUUCUUGCUCUGGAAUCCGAGUGUUAAUUCGGCUUGCACGAAUUUGGUUAUUGGGUAUAAUUAUUGUGUUGGUGUUUAG